AUGUCUCUUAAUGGGCUAGAGAAUCCCGCCAUCGUCGAUGCCUACCAGAGUGCCCUUGCUGACGCCGGUGGAUGGUUUCUUCUGCACUAUGUCUCAAGAGAUGAGGUAGCCCUGCUCAAUCGAGGCACCGGCGGGGUGCCCGAGGUCCGCAAUGCCCUGGACCAAUAUCAGGAGACGUCGCCGCUCUAUGGCUUCCUGCAGUACCGGCGGAGGAAGGUGAUCAUCCGGUAUAUGCCCGAGGGGUUGUCGCGGCUCAUCCAAGGUAUGAAAAUUGGCUGGAGAGGGUUUGUCUGGAAAAAGUUCCCGCUGAUCUGGUUCACCCCUGUCGCAGCCCGAAGCAAUGUUCAGUUUCAGUCGGUCCUAGACAAGUUUACCCCCAACGACACCGUGCUUCCCCUGUCGCAGGCAUCGGAUCUCACAGAAAGCGCCUUGUCGUCCGCAUGUCUGCUGCACACCGCUUCAACCUCGAUCACUUCUUCGUCGAGCUCUCUCCGCCGCCGCCGGCUGAUGGAAAUCACGGAAGAUGCAGAGGAAAAUGGCCCGAAAGAUACUACGCAGGAACCGACGCCCCCAAGUACCGAUCCCCGACCGAGAGCAGGGAGUCAAAUGUCCGAGGCCACCGUUGUACCCCCGCCUGCGGUGCCACUAACCACGUCGCCAUCCGAUGAAAAGACCUCGCCCGAUCUGAGACCACCGCCAUCGCGAAGCAGUUCCCGAGCAGCAUCCCGAGAAAGAUCCAGUGAAUCACACUCGCCCGCCGUGUCUCCCAAGUCGACUGAUUCCAGCUCCGAACGCCUUCAGUACAGGAAUAUCUUGGAUGAAUUCCCGCGCCCAUCGGACGAGGUUCGGAUGUCAACCCAAUCUGCCCGGCCCUCGAUGCGGGACCUGGAACGAGCAUCGACGUUCACUCCCAAGGUCAAACUGGGGCCGCGCCCGUCGGUGGAUAACAGCGGACGGCCUCGCACGUCGGGCACCUCCCGGAACCCGGAGCAGCGGCCCGUCGCUUCGCUUCCUGCUAACAUGCGCUCAUCUUCGCUGCGGAAACCUAAUGUCGACGUUCCUCGCCCCCGAUCGCAAGGAAGUUCGUUUGCGACAAAACCCAGUAGUCGGGCCCCGCCCAUUCCCCCGCUCCUGGUUCCCCCUCCGUCAAUUCCUAUCGCCAGGCCUCAGUUAUCUCCAGGUGCCAAGUCCCUGGGUGCGCUGUCGACCUCUUCCGGGUUGACUCCGGAGAAGGAACGGUUGAUGAAGGCGUUGCAACAGAGGAAAAAGAACAUGGCGAAGCGGGCCGAGGAGACAAAAAGGAAGCAAAGCAUUGCCGAAGAGCCCGCAGCAGAGAAAGAUCUCUCCAACAACCAGGAGAACAUGGAGAACAUGAAAUCGGCUCCCGAGUUCGAAGAUAGCGGGCCAGAAAAUCAGCGACCACCGCCGCAGGAACGGCAACCCGAAGCACAUACAGAGCCGUCGCCUUCGGCCCCCGAGCCCAUGGUCGACCCCCAGCCUCCUGCUCAACCAGAAAAGGAGCCAAGUCCGGAACCCCUCGAGCCAUUCUCGGCGGUUGAGCCUAUUGUUGACACCCAACCCGAUGCCGAACCUGAAAAAGAGCAAAGCCCUGAACCCCUCGAGGCAUCGGCAUCGUCGGUGACGGAGCCCGUUGUUGCUACACAAACCGAACAAGAACAGGAUCUUGAAGCCCUCGAGCCCUCACAGGCAAAGGAUUCUGUUCUCGCCCAACCUGCCGCUCAGCCCCAGAAAGGACAGAGACCCGAGCCUCUCGAGGCCUCAAAACCAGAACCGAGAGGCGAGGUGACUGUGUCGGAUUCCGAAGGCGGGCCUUCGUCUCAUACCUCCGGCCCUAGUGGUGAUACUACCUUUUCCGCUGAUCGUGGAAUUGAUAUUUCCUCCGAAGGGAUUCAGUCCGAGACACCGCAGACUGUCCUCGAGGAUGAAACGCCCGCCGAAUACGGGGACUCCACAGCCCCCGUCCAGAGCGAGAGUAAGGACAGCCCCGACCCAGCUAGCGCCGACGUCGAUGUGGCAUUUGAAAACGAGUCCUCCGAAACCACAAACCCAGAGUCAGAGCAUGUUUCCCCUUCGCAGCAGCCAGAAAUUCCAUCAGUUGAAGAAUUGGAACCCCCUUCUGUGAUAAGUGCAGCAGAGGAUGUUCCCGAGUCCAGUCCCCUUCCCGUCACCCCAUCUCCUCCUACCCCUCCGGUGAUCUCCGAAGCCGAACCCUCGGCUGCGCCCGUUUCAGUUUCAGUCGACCCUAGUUCCCUAGACGAGCCCGAGGAAUCUCCCGUCGAGAACCCUGGGCCUGCUCCUUUGGACCAGAGGCGCAGGGUCCACCUGGAGCCAAUUCAGGUCCCUACCCCAGAAUACUCAGAUGACGACCAUCUCCUCUCGGACGAUUCGUUCAUGGAAGAGCUGAAGUCGGCUACAGUUCAGGAGGCCAGGCCCGUAUCGGUCAAAUCUCCCGGCGGCGGUGAUAAUUCCUUGACGAGCUCCCGUGCAGUUUCGAGCCCGCACUCUCUUCGAUCCCCGACCGCCGUGCAAUCGCUUGCGGUGGGCAGAUCCGCUUCUAGCACCUACCCUGACAAUGGCCCCCCGACCCCGGUCCUCAUGGCCAAGAAGAUCAAUGUCUCUUCUGGCAUUUCUAGCCGCAUCAAAGCUCUGGAGAAGUUCUCGAGCCGCGAAGGCACCCCUUCAAACUCGAGCCAGACCGUAACCGGGCCAUCUGCCUCCUCGUCUGUUGAAAGUCUUCGGAAACGCGCAUCGAUUUCAUUGCCCGGGGAGAACCAGGAAAACACCCCGCCUUCUGGUCGACCGACGUCCUUUGUGUCCGACAGCUUUUCUCGUGCCCCAAGCUUGAAUCACCAUGAUUCGCGGCCAACACCUCCCCAGACGCGCCGCACCAACUCAAUUUCCGUGACGGCUCGCAUCGUGCGCGAUUCGAACGUCUCCCCGGGGUCCUCUGGAGUCGAACCCUCCGAGUCCGAUGUUCUCAACCUUCAGGCCAGUCCGCUCACCGUGGAGCAUGAUACUAAUGAGGGGCCACCGACCAACACCUCAACCGUUGAGCCCACCAACCACUCCGAGCAUCGAAGCAUGUCGAUCUCGUCUGCCGGAUCUAGUCGUCAGACAGCGCCAGUAUCUCGCACGGGUAGCCGGCUUUCCUUCUCCUCGCGCACCAGACCUGACGAGAGCCCCCAACCCACUUCGCCCAGCUCUGAGGACAAGAAAGGGUCUCGGGCCUCCCGCCUCAUGCGGCGCAUGUCAUCGAUCACGUCCACCUCACGCCGCAGCAUCAUCGGAGCUUUGAGCUCGCCAGUGCAAGAGGAAGACUCCACCUCAGCAUUGAGAAAGGAUUCGGUCACUUCCCCAGCAUCGCCUCCCUCGCGGGCUGCGAAGCCCAUUGACAUUGGUGAAGUCAACGUCCAGUUCCCCGAAACCCUCCUCUGGAAGCGCCGGUUCAUGCGCAUUGACGAGAACGGGUACUUGAUUCUUGCGCCCGGCACCAAUGACUCCAGCGCCCGCAAUAUGAUAAAACGCUACCAUCUCACCGAGUUCCGAACUCCUUGUCUUCCCGACGAGGACAUGCAGGAAUUGCCGAACAGCAUUCUGCUUGACUUCUUGGAUGGGAGUACCCUCCAAUGUGCCUGUGAAUCGCGGCAGGGACAAGCGUCUGCCCUUCAGACUCUCAUUGAUGCCCACACCUCGCACCAACAAUAG